AUGUCCCACUUGGCGGCAGUCAAGAGGAUCCUUAGAUAUGUGAAAGGUACUCUUGGCUGCGGAAUUCUCUUUCCCGCAUCGGACACGGGGCGUAAGUGCAAUUUAUUUGGCUACACCGAUUCUAAAUGGUGCGGAGAUAAAGAUGACCGAAAAUCGACGGCGGGGUACAUCUUUAUGUUUGGUAGUACACCAAUCUCUUGGUGCUCGAAAAAGGAACCGGUUGUAGCACUCUCUUCUUGUGAGACCGAGUACAUUGCGACGUCGUUAGGUGCGUGCCAAGCUAUGUGGCUUAUGAAUCUAUUGAAGGGAUUAGGAUGUGGUGAUGAUGCUGCCACCACAUUGUUUGUAAAUAAUGUUUCCGCAAUAAAUCUUGCGAAGAAUCCGAUUGCACACGGAAGGAGCAAGCAUAUUGAGAUGCAGUUUCAUUAUUUGAGAGAAUUGGUCGGUGAUGGAAAGCUUAGAUUGAGCUAUUGCUGA